AACUAUUCGUUUACUAGGUCAUAUUGUACUCGUGAAGUUAAAAUAGGAGGUAUAUUUCAUCAUUUUGUCAAAUAAGCAUACCGUACACAUGGUAUCGAAGGAUAAGGCGUUUUGAAACUUUAGUACUUUUAAUAAAACCGAAACUAGUUACGUUGCCUUCUAUUAUAAAAAAAUCUUUCGGAACGUCACCACUCUCAUCAUCCCCGCAGGCAUGUCGAACGGUGCUCUCCCGCAGUGGAAGCGCGAGCUGCUGCAGCGGCGCGCCGCACGCUCGCGCCCCACCCCGCCGCCCGCCCACGCGCCCCCGCCCCCGCCCCCGCUCCCCGCGCACGCCCCGCCCGACGAGGACGAGGAGCUGCGCUACGGGCCCGGCAUCGUCAAACGACUCAAGUCGCGCUACCUGAGCCUCGCUCUGCGGGACGCGCCCCGCCGGCGGCCCUCCGUUCUCCGCCGCGCCGCCUCGCUCGAGCAUCUCCUGGACGAGCGGCCGCCCCCCGCGCCGCGCCCGCCGCCCGCCCGCGCGCCCCGCCCCGCCUCCGUCGCCGCGCCGCCCGCGUUCCUUCCGCAGCCGCGCCGCGACAUCGUCAAGCGAGCCCGGUCCGUCGACGCGCUCAGCGGACUCGACUCCCGCGAGGAACCCCGUAUCGCCUCGCCGUCGCCCCCGCCCCCGCGAUCGCCCUCGCCGGGGCCCCGGGCGCCGCCGACCGCCGGGCCACCCCGGCCUCCCGCGCCCUCGCCCCCGCCGCCGCCCCGGGCGCCCCCGACGCCGCCGCCGGAGCCGGCUCCCCGGCCGACGCCCGCCCGCGGCGCCCGCCCUCCCCGGCGGCCGACUCCUCUCCUGAGAGAUACGGAACGUCCCCCGCCCGACGCGGUGCGGGCGGCGCUUCGAAAAUUCGAGAGUGCGCCCGCGCGGCGGACGGCGCCGGCCGCCCGCGUGUCGGCCGUCCUGCGCGGCCUCGAGGGCCCCGCGCACACCUCCACGCCGGAGCCCCGGGACCGGGCCCCGGCGGCGCCGCGCUCCCCGACGCCCCCGCUCGAGCCGACAGCGGCGGUCUCGUUCGACGAGAGCGACGGCGACGGCGCGGCGCGGCCGGUGUCGCGCGCGGCGCUGGAGGGCAUCGCGCGCGCGGGCUCGUCGGUGCGCUUCCUGUUCCCGGCGCGCGGGGGGGGGUCGCACCUGCCGCCGCCGGCCGCCGCCAACCCGGUGCUGCUGGGCCGCGCGCGCCGCGUCGGCGUCAUCCGCCCGAUGCCGAUGCGCUCGCCGGACCCGCCGGAGCCGCCGCCGCUCGAGAUCGACCCCAAGCUCGCGUCCCCGCCGGCGACGCCCCGGCCGACCUCGCCGCUUCCGGCCGAGCCCGAGCUCGGGCCCGCGAUCCGCCUCGAAAGGCGAGACCCGCCCCCGGCGGCCCUCGUGGAGCCGAUUCCGCGCCGCCCGCUCGAGGAGCGGCCGCCGCCGCCGCAGCCGGAGCCCCCCCGAGAGAACGAGACGGAGCCCGGCGACCCGAGACCGAAAGACGAGAAGGCGCUAGCGAACGGCCACCCCGAGCCGCGGCCGCCGGCGGGGAGCGCGCCGUCGCGUCUGGGAACCGCGGACGUCGAGCGGGCGUGGAACGGGAGCGGAGACCGUAGAUCGGCGGCCGAACCGAAGGAGAGAGAGUCGGCGGCGGCGAGCGAGGAGCGCAGGAGCCCGUGGGAGGGCGCGCGGCGGGCGCGGGCGCCGCCCCCCGCCACGUCGGUGGUGUUCGACUUCUCGGGCCGCAAGGAGGUGCCCGACUACAUCGAGAACGACGGCAUCGUGCUGCGCGGCGGCCGCCGGGCCCGGUUCAAGGUGAGUUGCGUGCGCUCUUUCGCUCUUUCGUUGCGUCCGUUCCGUUCCGAUCGCGUCGUGUGGCCCGUCGUAAACGACAUACACUUUCCCGGAAGUUUCCAGUCCCGGUGGCGAUAUUAA